UCACUACACACAACACAACAAUUCCCUUCUUCUACUUCUUUGUGUUUUUUUUUUCAAUAGUCAAUACAAAUCCCAAAUGGCAUCUUUUAACAUAAGUCUAAUCUUUACACUUUCUCUCACAAUUUGUCUACUUGAUAUGAUCUCAGCUAGACAACUCACAGAAUCGGAUCAACAACUUAAAUUUCAAUACCACAAAGGCCCUCUCCUAACAGGCAAAAUCUCAAUCAACCUCAUUUGGUAUGGAAAAUUCAAACCAUCCCAAAGAGCCAUCAUAACUGAUUUCAUAACUUCCCUCACUUCUCCCAAACUAACAACAACUAAAUCACAACCCUCCGUCACCACGUGGUGGAAAUCAACCGAGAAAUAUUACCACCUCACCAACAACAGGAAAUCAGUUAAUCUCGUUGCUCUGUCUCUUGGUGCUCAAAUUCUCGAUGACAAAUACUCUUUAGGGAAAUCUCUCACAACUAACCAAAUCCUUAAACUAGCAUCGAAAGGACAACAACAAAACGCAAUCAACAUUGUUCUAACAGCGGCUAAUGUAGCAGUUGAUGGUUUUUGUUUAAAUAGGUGUGGCACCCAUGGUUCUUCUUAUGGUGCACGCGUAAAUGGAAAACGUCAUAAAUUCGCGUAUAUUUGGGUUGGGAAUUCAGAAACUCAAUGUGCUGGUCAAUGUGCGUGGCCAUUUCACCAACCAAUUUAUGGUCCACAAAGUGCACCAUUGGUUGCACCAAAUAACGACGUUGGUCUCGAUGGAAUGGUCAUAAAUGUGGCUAGUCUUUUAGCUGGAACCGUAACGAAUCCUUUUGGUAAUGGAUAUUUUCAAGGACCCAAAGAAGCUCCUUUGGAAGCUGCUUCGGCUUGUACUGGUAUUUAUGCUAAAGGGGCAUACCCUGGUUAUGCUGGCAAUCUUUUGAUGGACAAAACAACUGGUGCUAGUUACAACGCAGAUGGUGUUAAUGGAAGGAAAUAUUUGUUGCCUGCAAUUUUUGAUCCUAAAACCUUAGCUUGUGCUACGUUGGUGUAAAACAAGAGUGUGCUUUAUUUAGUUGUUAGACAACAAGAGAUAUUCUUUGAUUUGUUAAUUCAAUUAAAUUGUUAAACUUUUUUUUUUAUUCUUUUUUAUCUAAAAUUACUGAACUUACCUAUUACUCUCUCUGUGAAAAUAGCUAGUGUUUUGAUCACCAGCUUCACAUUCCUAUAAAAUCAAUUUU